CAGAACGACCCCGACGGGUGAAGUUAAAAACCCACGAAACAACCAAUUCUUGGCUUUUCUCGCUGUGGUUUUCACACCUGACUUUAAUUGCUCGUGCCGCAAUCGAAGACAACGCCGUGAGAAUUUCUAUCAGGCUUUAUUCUCAUUACUUCCCUUCUACCUGACGGCUUUACCGAAAUAACAAACCCAAGAAUACGAAUUCACGCGGUCACGAAAACUCCAAAUCGAACCGCCCACAAAACAACCUCUCCCCUGGACGCGUGGCGGCGCAGACGAGCCUCUUGCCGCCAGUCUCUGGCAACAACAACAGCAACAACAACGACGACGACGACAACGAUGAUGAUGAUGGAGGAGGAGGAAGAAGGAGGAGCGAUGGAGACGAAGGGGAUCUGCGUGAAGGUGGCGGAGCGUCUGAGCGAGGGCCGCAUCGCCUGCCCCGACGUCAGCCUCCAGCACUCGGCCCUCGCCGCCAAGGAGGUCGUCGCUCGCAAGAUCAACGUGGCCCCCGUGCUCAUCGACCUGGUGUUCUGCGGGAAACGGCUCCAAGACAGCCAGAGCCUGGAGUCGUGCGGCGUGCGGCCCGGGGCCACGGUCCACGUCCUGCGGAGAGCGUGGCCUGAGCCCACGGCCCGCCCCGAACCGGUGGACAAAGUGGAGGCACAGAGGGCAUUGCGGUUCCUGCAUUCUGCCAUCGCUUCCAGCCUGACUCACAGGGAAGCUAUAUUCAAAACUCUGAAUAGCAAAGAAUCAUUGGAUCAGCUGGUCGUUGCAACACCUGGACUCAGCAAUGAUCCAAUCGCCCUGGGAGUACUGCAAGACAAGGAUUUGUUUAUGCUGUUUGCUGACCCCAGCUUAUUGGAUAAGCUGAUUGCGUCGCACCCAGCCCUGGUGAACGCCAUGGUCCUGUUGCUUCACUCAAUCGUUGGCAGCACGCCGCUAACUGGCAGCGGGGCCUCCGCCCGCCAACGUACUACGUCGGCCAGCUACGACAUUCCAGGUGGCUUUGCAUUUGAUGGUCUUUCUGACGAUGAGGAGGGUGAGCAAUCGCAGUCCGGGGCACUGGACCAGCAAAUGGUGGGAACGUCACGGCCGAGCAGCUUGCGCUACGCUGGCUCCUCCGGUCCUCGACCCAUCACCCAGACAGAGUUGGCCACAGCCCUGGCGCUUGCCAGCACGCCGGGAAGCAGCGCUAACACCCCCACGUCCGGCCUGCAGGCCUCCACAGCAACCUUCACCAGGAUUUGGAGCUGCUCAGCCUUCCACGUCUACCGGUGCCAUUCGUCCAGAAAUCUUUACCCAUGCUCUGCAGCAUGCUCUCAGAGCCAACAAUCUUCCCUCUGCACAGCCAACCCAGUGGAGGGCGCAGCUGCAGCAGCUCCGCGCCAUGGGCAUCCACGACGAUGGGCUGAGCCUACGCGCGCUGCAAGCCACGGGAGGGGACAUCCAGGCCGCACUGGAGCUCAUCUUUGCCGGAAUGGCUCCGUAGAAUGUGGAAGCUUGUACGCAGCAUCUGAGGCUGCCCUCCAAGUGCACAUCGACUCACAGUAUCCUGUUACUGUUUAGAUCACUUGUCGGUCGCAUGUGCUUAUCAGCUUGUGUUAUCUACUUAUAUAUGUAUAACUUUUAAGAUGCUGUGGACUGGUGACAGGUUCAAAUUGGCAGGCAAGUAGCAGUGGUUUUGAAAAAGUAAGUAAUUGCUAGCAACCGUCACUUCUCAUGUAUAUAAUUUAAUAAAACGCUGUCAAGAUGAUUGAUGUGUUUUCAUGAGCGUUGGUGGCGGGUUUAACGACAUAUUUACACGAUCUAACCCAAAAAACCCCUUUAUUAUGGAUAUUGGUCGCGAAAGCCUUCGUGUUAAAGUGAUGAUGGCGGUGCUGAGGAUUGAAGACGGCGUGGCAGCCAAGGAAUGGAAGAGCCAGCAGCAGGCCGUAGUGGAGAUUUAGCAAACAGCUUGUUUGCAGAUGCAAUGUGGAUUGUUUUGCAUUGCAAGUCCGCAAGAGAUGGACUUGGCUGCGAGGCAUUCAACAGUGGAUAGGUCAUUGGCUGAUUGCCAAUGAGUUUAAUAAAGCCGGAGUUAAACUGGCGAUCUCGUUGAAUGAACCCCAAAAAUAAUAGGCACUUUUCUGUUUCAGCCCGUAAAAGUAAGUUAGUUCUGCAAACUUUAAAUCGAAAGUUCCCGUUGCAUGAUUGCCAAGAAUUACCACCAGGGGGCAGUUGUACGUUGUGUUGCAGUAUCAUUAAUGUUCUACGAAGGGCUAUUGCACGAAACGUCGCCUGUUACAUAUAUUUCUCAUUUAAAGCAGUGUAAUUGACGAAAGCGAGGUUUUUUUGUUUGUUACUCGUGAUGGAGGAGCGGUGUCGCAAUAAUUAGCGUGCUGCAUCAUGACAAGCCCCUCUGGUGAGUGGUAUCUGUGGGUGUCCCGCGCACCCCCCUCUCUCCUUCGCCAUGGUCACUGGGUGGUUGCUCCCCGGCUGUUACUUGUACUUUACAACUCCAGAAUGUUGACGGGCUGAGAAUCGUGGAUUCUGAAGCAGCAUUUUUUUUCUCUCUCUCUAGCUUAAUGUUGACUUACCUUAUUAUCCAGAUUACACAACACUGGAAAGUAAGGUCCACCAAAAAAUAGUUCCCGGUAUCAAUUAGGUUAUACACAUCUUGUGACGCACAAACACACACCCAACCCUGUCGGAUUAUAAGACACACUUCCAGCAUUUUGAUUCAAAUACGGGGUGGGUCUUAUAAUCCAAAGAAUCCGGUCAUUUUCAGCGUCUUAUCAUCCAGAGCAUCCGGUAAUUAUAGAAUUACGAAAUAAUAACCGUCGGAACUGCGAAAGAUGUUUCAAGGUUUUAUUGUGGUCUUGGAUUUUGCCCUGUUACAUUCUGCUUCUCAGCGUCAAAGUCUCCGAAGUCUGGGGUGUCAUGAUGGGGAGAUGUGAACUACCUCGCCUUGAUGUGCAGGAGGUCGUGGGCUGAAUCCCGACCCUGACGCCUGUAUAUUUGGAGUUUGCACGUUCUGCUCAUGGUUGCUUCCGAAAAAUACCUGUACAAUUUUAAAUAUUUAAUAGUCAUACACAGCUCUGAAAAUCCGUAGCCUGCAUCUUUGCCCAGGGGUUACGAGGUUAGGCUGGCACAGGCUGUGAAUUGAAGACCCCUGCGUCAAAUUACUUGGCUUUCUGGAGAAGAUAAACUGAAUAAUUUAUUGACUGAUUAUCCAGUUGGGAUAUUACCUUUGCCCAGUUUGAUUCAUUUUAAAUACAGUUUGAUGUAGCCAGUUUAUUACAGUACAGUACAUCGAGUAUGUUGCUGACCUAUCCAUACAAAUUGUUUAAUAUAAUCCUCUCAUUAUUUUUGUCAUUCAAUACCCAAUGCAAGACCCUUCCUGCGAAAUAGUAUUGAAACGCAGGCUUUAUUGGCUAAAAAAGGAGUUGUGUAAUUUAAUACAGCAAUGAUUAUGAUUGUAAUGUAUGAGAUUAUUGUAAUAGAUGAACAUUUGAUGCAAGACUAUGUGCUAUGAAGAAGGGCCUUUGUAAAAAAUGUCACCAAUGAUAUUUAUUACUCCGUUUAAGACCACAAUCCCAUGCUGGUGUACUAUGUUAUCAUAAACCACCAAUUCCAAAUUCAUCGGUGGAUGUCAAAGUAAUUUAGAUACAAGGCCAUUGUCAAUUAUAAGUGGUGGAUUAAUUUCCAACAAUGUAGAAGUUUUGCCUUGCAUAAGUUACGCAUUUGAUAAGUUAUGACAUUUGAAAACUAUGCAAUAGUGUUUACCCAGAGAAAAAUACAACUCUUGGAGGUAACUGGAGAACCCAGAGGAAACUCAUGCACAACAGGGAGAACGUACAAACUCCACGCAGAAAGGCGCCCGAGUCGUGAGUCGAACCCAGGUGCGUAUUACUGUGAGUUGCAGGCCACUACGUCUGCAAAUUUGCGCGCGUUACAAAUUGAACUAUUAUAUUAUUACAAGUGUUACCACUGCGCCACCCUGCCGCCCAAAGUCUAAAGUUAUUCGCUUCUUCAGCUUAUCGGAAUCAACCACGGCCUUGUCACCAGAACCACGAACCCUCUCAACCAUGGCCUGCAUCACGGCCUGACCUAAAUAGUACAUCCAUGCGUCUUAGUAUUUGAUCCCAGCUGGGCCGUCAGUGUCAUGUUACGAAGCACAUUUUCUAGACACGCUUUUGGUCCUUAACAUGUUUGGGCUCAAUGACAGUUGUCCGGACUAAAUAAACAAUAAAAAAUUAACCCGUAAAAACUAAGUUUUUAACUAUAAAUCUUUUAUAUGCGUGGCAUCGGGGCGGCUAGAGUCCUCUCGUCCUCUGGCUUGAGAUGGCUGCCACCUAUGGGUCAGAUGAGUGUCUGCCAUCAUUAAGCAAUUGGUAAUUAAAUAUUUUUAAAAAAUUCCCUAAACAGUGUAAAAUUUUGGAACAAAUUUUCACGAAAAUGCAUUGUCACGCACAACGAGUCUGUGUGCAAAAUAUCAGCUCGAUUGGAUCACGGGAAGUGGGUUAAAAAACGACCGAAAAAUUUGCACGGUCCUAAGCAAGCAAGCAACUGAACUUAAUAUAAAGGAUUUAAAAACACGAUACAUACAGCGCUUGCAUUGCUUUCGUGGUAACCCAUCUAUUAAAAACAACAUAGCGUGUUUCCAUGAGCGUCGAUGUCAACUGUGAUUGAUUGACACGCAACAGUGGCACGUCUCAAAAAUAAGGGGAAGUCACGCAAGCAGCGAGUCACACAAACAACAGGCCCCUGUGCCUUUGGGUCAACGGCAUCAAAAUAAACCCACGGGGGAAGUCAAAUGUCAAUUUCUUAAGUUGUAUUCUUGGUUCUUUCGGUAAAGUCACGUAGAAGGGAAAUAAUAAAAUAAUAUAAAUAUAAAACAAUAUUUUGUUUUAUUAUUUCCCUUCUACGUGACUUUACCGAAAGAACCAAGAAUAUGAAUCCCUGCAGUCACGAAAGCUUUAAAUAAAAAUUUCUUAAGUUGUGUUUGCGUUUUUGACACGCGAGUCGGGAGUUCAUCCAUUCACGAUUACAUUUCACACGCACCCGUCCCUGUAUUCCAAUGAACCAUUCGCAAGUGCUGUCAUGUGUUUUUGUGGUAUUCCUUGUAUCGUUAUUGCCUCCGUGAUAUUACAUUGACGUGUAUCUUGAUGUUUCAAAAUACUGUUGAGCAAUUUUUUUCUGAAAUCGAAUUUUUCUUGUUUUAUUACAAUCUGGCACCAAUGUUGAGGACUUUGUGUCUCAUCCAUACUGUCCUGGACUCCAACGCCGCAGUGCUGGUCACAAUCACCUCUCUUUCUGCCUCUUCCCUCGCACUGCUCGACUUGUUCCCCCAAUCUCUUUUAGGAUAACCUUGCUCACUCCCAGGAAACGUGCUAACUCCCGAUAUAUUACAUCUUUUCGACAGUGCUGCUUGUUUCUGGCCGUGUCAUGUCGUUGGGCUUUUGGGCCCUGUGCUCAGCAACUGUGUUAAAGAGAAAAAAAAACCCUGAAAUUUAUUCAGUACUGGCGGAUUUAAAUAAAAGCACGAUUUAAUUCA